GUAAGUUUCGGUUCUCGUGGGCGUCCGACAGGCGUCGUUUCGUGACAAACAUGGCGGCCAGCCUGCUUCCGUCAGCUGCUACAGCGUCUGCGAUGGCUUGCAGGCUGGCGGGGUCACAACUUUUGGGCGCCUUCAAGCGCGUUCAUCCGCGUCGCAAUGCGCACUUGGCCCUGCUGCGAUCGUUCUGCGUGUCCGCGUACAGCAAUGGCGUCGGAAAGCACACGGGAACGCACGAAAUCAUUCUCACGAAGCAGCGCGCCCAGGACUUGAUCGUGAGACUCAAGCCCGAAGAGAGGAAGAUUCUCAUGGAAGAGCUGACGGUUCACGUUGAGAAAACCGAGAAGAAUGGGAAGGGGACGAUGCCCACAGCUGCCCAGCUGCGGAUGAUGGCCAUUCACAAUGCCCUGCCAUUCGUGGGCUUUGGUUUCCUUGACAACUUCAUCAUGAUUGUGGCGGGUGACUACAUUGACACCACCAUUGGCAUUGGACUGGGCAUUUCAACAAUGGCAGCUGCUGGCCUGGGGAAUGCCAUAUCGGAUGCUGCUGGAAUCGGGUCUGCUUGGUACGUGGAGAAACUAGCGGUCAAGGUUGGUGUCCAGGCUCCGAGCCUGAGCCCUGCUCAGCUGGAAAUGGCUGCCACCCGAUGGAGUGCCAACAUAGGAAGGGCUGUUGGUGUCUUCCUGGGCUGCAUUCUGGGUAUGUUCCCACUGUUGUUUCUCUCAUCAAAAGAGGACAUGAGGCACAGAUCAGAAGGGCGCCAGUCGCAAGAUCAGAAGACCACCAGUUGAGCUUGCCUUAGCAGCCUGCCAUCUCUCACCUUCUGCCGAGCCUCCUGCCAAAGAAUGUUGACUUCCUGAGCGCUGUCUAUCCGGCCUGCGCGUCCAGCCUUCUUUCAACUUGGGACGCAUAUAGACUAUUAUGCACCUCUCUGCCUUUCUUCUUGGCUGCUGGUGUCUCCUGGCCGGUGGGAGACCACCGGCUGUGAGGAACGCCGUAACUGACAUUGUCUAUGACCUCUCUGUUUUAUAACGUCUCGUGACCUUCGUGACAAGUUGUCUUGAUUGUGCACGUGUUUUAUGCACCCACUUGUGCAGUGGUGUUGUUAACCUGUCAACAGCCAGCCUUGUCUGUCAUGUCAUUUGGUAAGCGCAGGUCAGUUCAAGCUAGCUCCUGCAGGUGUCGUUGACGUAACACCCUUGGCUUGGCUGUUUUUCCGGCGAGUUAUUCAGAAUGACGACGUUUAAUCUUGCCUGCUAAACAGGAGUGCCUGUUGCUUGGCCGAGUGUGUUUAGUUCCAUUUUGGUAACUGCUUGCAUGGAAAUGAUAGGUUGUGAUACACACUGCACAAAUUGUAAUGCAGUGAUAUUUGAAUGGGAGGCUGUAAGCUGGUCUGUCAUUUUAUGUGUUGUUGAACACUGAAGCUUAACAUUUUCCACCAUUGCAUGUACUUAAAACAUGAAUUGCAGAUUGCUUAUCAUACUGAAUUCUUGCAUGCCUGCUCAUGUGCUCCACAAGAGAUGUUUUGUGUCUCCAAAUUAAGUUGUGGCACUGUUAGCUUUACCAAAACAAAAGGCACCAACACAGAAGAGCUCUGUAGAGGUAGCAGGCAAAGGGUAUGAGCUCAUGAAACACACCAGACGUCGCCGCUUAUGUUUUACAUAUUUCCUCAUUCUGUGAGGGCCACUGGCAGUCAACCUCAUAGGCCACUGGUGUUGCAUUCAGCGCAUUGAGUGCGGAAUUCUAAUGACAUGGAUUCCGAAGCUGCAACAUCUAGAAGUAACCGUCAGUUUAGAUCAUCUAUAGUGUAUUGUUAAGCAUGUUCUCUUAACUUACAUGACCAACUAGAUGUUAGCUAUUAGCUCAGGUGCACUUUUCAUCGUAAUGUUUAUCAUUCAUGUUCACCUAUUCUAACCAUAUUCUAGGUUUCUUUGUGGCUUGCAUGUAGAAGGCCGCUGAUUGAUUGGCCCAUGUAUCCUAGUGAUAAUAACUGCACUAGUCCAUUACGUAUUUUUUAACCUGCAAGAUAUUUGUGCUGAAUUGAUCAGCAAUCCCAGCUGCCAUCUAAGCGACGGUGCGAAACUACCUUUCAACCACUGACUUUUAAAAACUCUUCCGAGAGACACUCCAGCUGACAUUUUCUCAAAUGUGGUGGCACAUAGCUGCUAUUUUUGUAUUACGUUACGAUUACUUCUGCAGUGGGCAGGAACAACUCAUUGAUGACAUACGCAUAAAAGCUGCUGUUGUGAUUCCUAGCAUUUGAAAGAGAAGCAUUGUACUGGCUUUCAAGUCACUGAUGCAUUUAUGAGCCUCAAACUUAAGUCUGUGGAUUUUUAACUAAUGCAGCCUGUCAGCUGUGUGUACAUCUGUUGUACGAGUAGGGACGUGCUGUAACCAGGGCUGGAAUUUUAUAGCGAGGCCCUUUUCAAUGCUGUCCCUUUUCACACUUUGUCAAUGGUCAGAGCGAUACUUUGCCCAUAUUAUCAAUGGCAUCAGCCGGCCAUGAACGGUAUAUAAGAACGGAAGAAAUUGCUACAAAAUCGUGGCCUGCGGCUCUAAAAUUAAUCUCAUUAGAAACACUUCAUAUUGAACCAAUACUACAUCAACAACUGACAAACUUAUUCCACCAAAAAAUGUAAACAGUUUUGUGAAAUGUCGCCUUACCUGGGACUCGAGAAAUGAGGCAAUUGGCAUUAGAAGACACAUCGGAACAACAGAUUGCAGGUUGUUUUUUGUGCAUAGAAGGGCCAUGUGUCUGCUAACUACUUAAAAGUGGUCACAACUCACGACGUACCCCAGCUACAGUAGGUUGCCUCAAUUUAGAUAUGGAACAAAGCAUGAAAUGAACAGGAUCAGUGCCCAUCCUCAUUAUUUCACAUUGUAUUUCAUUUUUAUCCCUGCAAACAUGUCAAACAUCCCAGCAUAUUUUUUUUGUUCUCUCAAAGGCUGCUUUGGGUGCUUGCUUUGAAGAUUUAGGUGACACAGGUUGAUGGUUUUUGCUGAUAUGCGACGUUAUGGUCAAGUGUACCCCAUAAAGGAUAUUGAUGGACAUUAUUGUCCUUGAAUAAAAGGCAACAGGUUUUUGUUGCCGUUCAUAGAAUUAAGCCUAAUGGCGCACGAAAAAUAAAUGCUAAAUUAGCUUGUACUGGUGAGCUAUUCAUUAAAACAUCUGCUUGUCCUUCAAGUUAAAAUAAUGUUAAGUUUAGCUGAGAAAUUGCAGGUCAAACUUUGCUUUUCGAAGUUUGCACCUAAACUGGUGCAAGAGUAUCGUCGGUGUGAGGUUGCAGAUGUCACUGCACUUUCAUGUGUUCUUAGCUGCUUCCGUGCAGAAAAAAAGCUUUUCAAUGCUACACAACCAUUUUAUAUGGAUAACCAACAAGUACGAAGCAGACAUUGUCAGAAUCUAGGACAUUGCAUGGAGCUGAUGCAGAAAUUGCAGGGUUGUGUUGUCAGCCAUUUUUUGAUUUUGCAUCCUUUUCACCCUGCUCGAAGUAAAACUUACCUGUUUGGUAUUCCAUGAGAACUUGUUCUUGGCCGUACUGGUGUUUACUAAAAGGCAUUUACUGCUAGAAAGACAUACAUAGUAAGGAACAAACAAGUUUGAAAAUUACUGCCCAUGUCGUUUAUGUUCUAUACUGUGGAGCAUUCAUCUCUCUAGCAGCAAAUAUGACCUUUUGUAUUCCAGGGCUAUAACCUACCAAUCCUGCUUAACCCCACAAAGCCCAAGCACAAUUCCCCAUCAAGAAAAAUUAGGACACUUCGUUAACAUUUAUUAUGGAAGGUUAUGGAAGGUGCAGUCGUACGAAAAAACAAUGAAAUUGUGUGUUAGUAAACAUUAAUUAGUAAUUGGCUUCCUGAACUAUCACUUGCUGAAAACUCACUCCAGCAUAUCAAAAUCACUUCAGGCUGCUUAAUGCAUUAGCUUUAAAAAGCAAUAUAUUUUCUUAGCUCGUUCCUCAGUUUCGCAUCGCCAUCAUUGGCAUCGCUGUCCACAGCGCAUCCAUUGGGAGAAGCGCAUGCGAUGCCGCGUGUGCUUCCACCAAUGAUAGAGGAGAGUUCAGGUCAUGUGACGCAAAGCUCGGGUCGCCGCAACACCACCAGGUGGUGUUGCCCUUCGCACAUCACGGGCAGCGAAACUGACUAAUUGUACCCACAGUAUCGUGCAAUUUUUGCUGUGGUGUGGUCCAGCCUAGCCUUCCCCUUUGCGAGUUGGUGGCAGUGUGGAGUUGGUCACGGUGUCUUUCUUUUUUUGAUGGGAGCAUCAGCAGCGAUGGCUCACUGAACAAGCACUCCAGCAUUGGAAAGGAGUAUAGUAGUUUAAACCAGCAUUGUAUAAAACACUGCUUAUCCUGAAAGGUCAUAGAGGAAGCAGGACCUUCAGACUCUCAAGCAACUUGGUGAGCUUGCAAUCGGGAGCGAAAAAUACCUAGCUCACACCACAGCUAACGUUUAAGCACUUGCUGUUACACACUCGUAACUACCGUGUAGCGUUUUAACUUUUCCAUGCCCUAAUAAGAAUAGUGAGGUAUCAAAUUCACUAUACUAAAAUGGUGCUUUGGACUCUAUGGGGUGAAGUUGAUAUUUCUGCGUAGUGUCCCCUUGAAAUUGUAUAGGCCUAAUGCUAGUGGCCGAAUAUCUCCAUGCUUGCAUGCUUCGUGACUGCUAACAAAUCGGAACUCGUAAUGCUCAAAAUUGAAUUCAGAUGUACAAGAAACAGUUUGGUGCAUCAGAGCUGACAGCAUAUGAUGCAGUAAAAACACUUAAAUGCAGUGGCAGCUAACCAGCAACUAACUUGAUUUGCUAGUGCAUAAAGGUGUAACUUAUUUCGAUGGGACGUUAUGCUGGAUCAUUGUUUUGCCAUUUCUGGAGUCAGGUUCGUCCUGUGCAUUGAAGUUCCACCAUACUAGGGGCCACACCACUGAGAAGACUACCGAGUGAUUGCCACACUGAGUCCUGAGAUGACAUAUACAUUUCUCUCAAGCCCACAUUGCACAAAAACCUAGAAUGAUCAUCCCUAGGGAUGUUGCAAGUCUAUGUAGCUAUUUAUUGUGUUUCGACAUAUUCCUGCAAUGUUUAGUGUAGUGUAUAGAUGUGUUUGUGCAUAGAUUGAAGCUCAUGUCAUUUGACAUUCUUAAGCCCGCAUUUUUACGGGAAUCUUUUAUUACGAUGCCGGCUCAGCUAUAUUGCAAUCAUUGCCAUCCUUUGGCUCAAAGGGAACACUUCAGAGCUUGAAGAGGCCUAGACAGUGUAGCAUUGCACGUCAAUUUGUGUCUAUAAGCAGAAAGAUGCCAAGGUAGCUUUAGAUGAUGUGGCAGGAUAGAUUUUGCGGAUGUUUAGAAUACUUACGUAAUGUUACUGUUCAGGCAUACAUCGUCAGGAAUGAGAGCUAGGAGGCUUUUAUAAAACUUAGUUAACACAGCUCAGUGUAAUUUAGAUAAAAGUAGUCCGAAGGAGAUUUAGCUCGGAGUGGUACUGGUCUGUUUGGAUUCAGUUGCUCUGUGCACGUAAAGGCCUAUCUAAGAACCAGCAUUCUAAGCAGUGGGGGUGUCGUGUUGCCCCAGUACUAUAGUUUCCAGGCUAAAUGUAAAGCUGUGUGGAAGUGUGUUGUUUGUGCAUUUUCCAUCAGCGCUGUGUAACUGCUUGAAAAUAACAGCCUAUUUCAAAGCAGAUGCUCCUUACAUCUUGGUUUUAUUGUUCCCAUAUUGAUGAAUUUUCCCGAUGAUUUAAUCCUCAUGAUGUUACGCAAUUCGGAGUGUAAUUUUGUUCAUCGUACCUGUGGCUGUUCGCCUCCUCCGACAUGUACGAAGUGCUUUCCUUUUAAAAGUUGUGGACAUGCACGACAGGUGAUGGUGUAGGAUAAAAAUUGCUCCCAGGAGGGUGUGAUCUUGUUGACACUCCUAAGGGUGUGAAUGCUAUACCUAUAAGGGUGCACCAUUUUUAUGGAUGCUUGUCACACUGUAAACCGAUGUAUGCCCUUCAGGAUCCUCAAAGGUGCAAAUUGGCCUAUAACUCACACACUUGCACCCCUAAAAGUGUAAGGGUGUGGGUUAUGGCAGCAAAACACCCUUAAAGGUGCAAAUCAGUUUACAGAGCAUUGUGGGAUAAAAAUUGUUCCCUAGAGUGUAAUCACGGUCGCACCCCAAAGGGUUCAAGUGCUACGCAUAUAAGGGUUCACUGUUUUUAUGGAUGUUUGUGAACCUUCUGGAAAUACUGCAUCCAAGCGAUGUACUGACCGUGGCCAAAGGUGGCUUUUGUUGUGUUCCAGUGCACCGAGAUUUGACAGUGCCUCUCUCUUGUAUCGCUGGGAGACACUGCAAUGAGAUUCCCGUGACAACCUUUGUGAUAAACAGGGUUCUUGCCAAGAAGAUGUCUGGAAACCCUACCGGUAUGCAUUCAUAGCAUUUUUGAGACUCUACGAUGUCCAAAUGUUCACACUGCGUCGCAGGUUAUGGGACAGCUGCAUGCAGGUGUAUUUGGUGGUACAGCUUCUGUGCGACGGUUUUUCUUGGUUAAAAUAUUUUCCAGUGAGUUGCAGUUGCUUUUGUAGGCUCGUUAUUUCUGCAUUGGCUUACUGUAUUAUAUAAUUGUUUGAUCUAGAUAGUUUUAAUUGGGAUUCUGUAUUUAGUAGCAUAUCUGUUGUUGCAAGUCAUGAAGCCUGUCAGUCUUGCGCAAUGAUGUUAUGUUCCAAGUCCCACAUUCCUGAACACAUAAGCUUGCUUUGGAAGUGGGCACUUGAGCUUACACUUUGUUGUCUGGGUUGUUGUUCUUGUGGCAUAUUCUGAAGAUGCUGUACUUUAUGUAUAUUUAAAGCUGCCCGUGCAAUUGCUACCUAAUCAGCCUGUGAGUUGUGAUAUCUUUUACCUGUGCUUGUUAAUAUAUGCAGUGUUCACCUACUUUGCUGCUAAAUGAAAAUUAUAGCAUUGUCCCGAUGCUGUACGACGCGUGUUUGACAGCAAUAUAAUACCAUGACCAAAUGUGCAUCAGAACUCUGGUGCCUAUUCUCUUGUUGACACUGUGUACCUGUUUGUGUUGUUACUGUUAUAAUGUAUUUACCUCCUUCACGGUUGUCAUCCACUCGCGGCUCCUUUCUUGGAUAACAGUCAUCUGUUUUAUUUAUUCAAAAACUUGCUGUGGAAAAAAAAAGACAUGAUGAAGAAAGCAUGCAACUUUGUUGAAUAUAUAGCAGCUAUUUAUAAGGUUACGCCCGCACAUUCUGUUCUCGAAGUUCAGUGCACUGAUAAGAUGAUGUAUUGCCUGUGUGACAUUCAUAUUUUUGCAUAGGCAAAUGACUUUUUUUCUGGUGGAUAUUGGCAGUUUCUACAUGCAUGGGUUUAAGAAAUAGUCUGUUGUGGGUCAAACACCAAAGUUUGCAACUAGAAACAACAGCCGGCCUCCGAGGCGAGGCACACUGUUCUUGCUUCUGUAAAACACAAUAAAGACGUAUCAACA